AUGCAGGAGCGUUGGUGGUACAGUAAACACCAGGUUGUAAAGACGUUCAUCAAGGGCAACACUGGCUUGCUACUGGUCAUGGUUGCUCAAUUAUUUUUCGCGGUUAUGGACGUUUCUGUCAAGCAGCUUCAUAGUUUGGAUGAGCCCGUACCAACGCUAGAGCUUAUAUUCGUGCGAAUGAGCAUGACUUAUAUUUUGUGCAUGACCUAUAUGUGGGCUCGCUCUGUACCAGACCCAUUCUUGGGCCCUAAAGGUGUCCGACUUCUGCUUGUGCUUCGAGGAAUCUUCGGGUUCUUCGGGCUAUUUGGCAUAUAUUAUUCCCUGCAAUACCUGUCUCUUUCGGACGCCACUGUCUUGACGUUCUUGACUCCAUCUUUAACCGCUAUCGUCGCUGCUGUCUUCCUCGGCGAGAAGCUUUCGUUGAAGAUAAUAGCCGCUGGAUACUUGCUGCAGUUGGGUAAGUCUGUCAUUCGGACUGGUUAUCCCUUAGUCCUCAUGAUUCGCUGUGGAAUCAGGGUGGCAAUAAUAGGAGCUGUGGGCGCCGCUGGAGCUUACACUACAAUAGCAGCAAUUGGAAAGAGAUCUCAUGCGGCGCACUCUAUGGCCUACUUUUCGUUGAUGUGCUCGAUUGUGUCACCGAUUGGGAUGCUGGUGACGCGUACACCAUUCGUGAUCCCCACACAGACUGAGUGGAUUGUUCUCUUCCUUGUCAUCGGGACCUUCGGUUUCUUCGGACAGAUGCUGCUCAUCACGGGCUUUCAACGCGAGGCUGCGGGAAGAGCGUCGAUGGGCAUAUACCUUCUGGUUGUAUUCGCCCUCAUUUUCGAACGCUACAUUUUCCACGUACAGCCUCCUCUCCUCUCGAUAGCUGGUAUAGUCAUUAUCUUAGGCUGUGCUAUCUUCAUUGCCGUACGUCUCGUAUAUCUCCCAGUGACUUUCGGUUCUCAUACUGAUUAUACUUGUUCGUAA